AUCUUACUGAGAUUAUUAACUGGGAAGGAGGCCCAGAACUCAGCCAGGCAAAGGAAAUGUAUAGUGUUCAGCUAUUAGACAUAGAGAAGAUUCUUUGGCUCGAUUUCGAAGUGGUGCUUAUUAGCUUUGGAAGAAGUCAGUCUAAACUCCAGUCAUAGACUGGUACCGUGGUAUAAGGUGAUACUGUGGAGUACUAUCAGGCAGGGGAGAAAAAUGGAGGAGAGGUAUGCUUGAGAUCCUAAUACAAGGGGCAGCUAGGGAGCUCAGUGGAUAGAGAGCCAGACCUGGAGAUGGGAAAUCCUGGGUUCAUCUAUGACCUCAAGAUGCUUCUUAGCUGUGUGACCCUGGACAAGUCUCUUAACUCCAGUUGCCUAACCCUUACAGGUCCUCUGUCUUCAAAUAGGUACUUGGUAUUGAUUGAAAAACAGAAUGUAAAGAUUUUUUUUUUUUACGAAUUGUAACACAGAACCCUUUCUCCAACUUGUAAUGUAAUUUCUAGCAUUCAGAUUUAGUAAAUAUUUACUAAGUAUUUGUGUAUAAAUGAAACACUUCAGGGCAAUACCAUUGGUGCUUGCUAUUAUCUAUUAGGACUAGAGAUUUUUAUUGUAGCUUGCAAUAAAAAAUGUUUGGAUACUUUAGAUCUAUGAUGUCUCACUGUUAGGAAGAGUGAAUUCACACUCUAAUUCUGUAUAACUCUAGUCCAAGUCUUCCUGUAUUGCUUGUAGUCCAGCCACACGUUCCGUGCUUAGAAUUAUUUAUUAACUGACCGUCCAAGAAAAUCUAAACUAGCCAGUGCCCUUCCUCCGCAAUCUGAACAGGCGAGUGAGGACAGUUUGUGGAACAGAAGAGAUAGCUCUGCUGAAGAGAGAGCCAAAAGCACCAAUGAACUUUGGCACAGGUCUUCUGUCCCCCUUGCCACCUCAUCAUCAAGUCUCUCUCUUGGACCACCUAAGACAUCUCUGAUUGCAGGAGAGAAUUUCAUAUACCCCUCCAGAGAGCCCGGUGCCAAAUUAUACUUCUUCCUCAACUCCUCUUCAUGUUCCAGUGCCUCAAGCCAUCAGGAUGGAGGAGGACUCUAUCAGACUGCCAGCACACCUGCGCUUGCAGCCAAUUUACUGGAGCAGGGAUGACGUAGCCCAGUGGCUCAAGUGGGCUGAAAAUGAAUUUUCUUUAAGGCCAAUUGACAGCAACACAUUUGAAAUGAAUGGAAAAGCUCUCCUGCUGCUGACCAAAGAGGACUUUCGAUAUAGGUCUCCUCAUUCAGGUGAUGUGCUAUAUGAACUUCUUCAGCAUAUUCUGAAGCAAAGGAAACCGCGAAUUCUCUUCUCACCAUUCUUUCACCCAGGAAACUCUAUUCAAACACAGCCAGAGGUCUUGUUGCACCAAAACCAUGACGAAGAUAAUUGUAUCCAGAGAUCUUCAAGGCCAUCAAUGGAAAAUAUGCACCACAAUCCUCCUACCAUUGAACUCUUGCAUCGUUCCAGGUCCCCUAUUACAACCAACCACCGGCCUUCCCCAGACCCCGACCAGCGGCCCAUCAGGUCCCCGCUAGACAACAUGAUCCGCCGCCUUUCCCCAGCUGAGAGGAUCCCAGGUCCAAGGCUUCACCAGGAGAACAACCACCAGGAGUCCUACCCUCUGUCAGUGUCUCCCAUGGAGAACAAUCACUGCCUAACCUCUUCUGAAUCCCACCCAAAGCCAUCUAGCCCUCGUCAAGAGAACACUCGGGUCAUUCAGCUGAUGCCCAGCCCCAUCAUGCACCCUUUGAUACUGAACCCCCGGCACUCAGUGGAUUUCAAACAGUCCAGGCUGUCAGAGGAUGGGCUACAUAGGGAAGGGAAACCCAUCAACCUGUCCCACCGGGAAGACUUGGCAUAUAUGAACCACAUCAUGGUAUCCGUCUCCCCACCUGAUGAGCAUGCCAUGCCUAUUGGGAGAAUAGCAGACUGCAGGCUGCUCUGGGACUAUGUUUACCAAUUGCUUUCUGACAGCCGGUACGAAAAUUUUAUCCGAUGGGAGGACAAAGAAUCCAAAAUAUUCCGGAUAGUGGAUCCCAAUGGACUGGCUCGACUAUGGGGAAAUCACAAGAACAGAACAAACAUGACCUAUGAGAAAAUGUCCCGAGCCCUUCGCCACUACUACAAACUCAACAUUAUCAGGAAGGAGCCAGGACAAAGGCUUUUGUUCAGGUUCAUGAAAACCCCAGACGAGAUUAUGAGUGGCCGAACAGACCGCCUUGAACACCUUGAGUCCCAAGAGUUGGAUGAACAAAUGUUCCAGGAGGAUGAGUGCUGAAGGAAGCAACGUACCACCUCAGGGGAUGGAUCAAGGAAAAGAAAAACCAUCCAGCUGGAGUGCUGGAGGUGUGUGGGAGCAGGGUGGAUUGAGGGAAAGCAAAAAGGCAGAAACACAGAAUUGGGAGUUGACCAGAGCAGAGAGGACCCCAGAGCACCUUAGAUAAAGCCCCCACAGAAACAGGGCUGGUGGUGUUCUGGUAGAGGUCCCAGAGCCUGGGACUUAAGUACUAUUUCACUCUCCUUUGGGAAUCUCCCUCAGCCUGUAAUUCCUCAUCCCCACCCCUCUACCCAUCGUUAGUUUCUGGGUUUGGGGGUUGUUGUUGUUUUUUUAUGAACAUGCAGUUUGACUUUUUCAUAAUUCAUAUAGGGCAAGAUGACAGUUUGCUUUCCUAUGGAAAUAUAUAUAUCGAUUAUAUUUUUUUUGCAAGUCUCACAAAUCAUGGCAUAAAAAUUCAACCUGACAGGAAAGAGAGUAUGCAAGGUUUCUUUUUUUUCUUCUACUGUACACAGAAGAUUUGCUUCUGUUGCUAUUGUGUCCUGGCUGCUGGAGGGUGGGGGAGGAAGACUUACCGAAAAAAAAGAAAAACAGUUUUGAAAAGGGGCACUCUUACUCCCUUUCCUUCUCUCCUUCCUUCCUGCCUUUGAGCUUUGGACAUCUUUCAGCAUAGUUUAGCUUAGGAAUGGCUGGCCCACGAACUAAAAUUUAAGUGCUAAAAAGCCAAAACAAAUUACCAGCAUUUGGCCACCAUCUCAAAUAUGCCUUAAGGAGGUCAGGGACUCCCCACAGGUGUAAUUCAAAAUGGAUGCAGUCUGGGCCUGAAAAACAACCUACAAAUAGCCAUGAGAAUAACGUUGCAUUGGAGAAGGGCACUCAUCCAUUGGUCCUUCUGCGGAGGUUGACGUGGGCGCCACUCCCCAAGUUGCCUGAGCUGUCUAAAAGCAUUAGGGUUAUAUGUAGCACUGAAGAGUGAAAAGGAAGUGUGAUAAGAAGACACGGGGACUUAGUGAAGAAUAUCCUGCUUUCCCAGUUUAUUUUUCUAAAGUGAGAGCCUAGAGAGAGCAAGGGUAUGGGGAAAUGCCCUGUUCUUCUUGCUCCACCCCAGAUACUAUCUUGCAAACAGUCCACACUCAAACCCUGCCCUUAACUUUCCCAAUAUUCACAGAUUUUUUUUUUCUUACUGAUUUCAUAGUCUCUUUUAACCUGUUUUCCCAUAGUCCCCUUUGAAUUAGAGCAUUUGAGAUGAAAGGAACUUCCAGGGCAGCUUCAGCUGCCAGCAAUGAUCAUCUUUUCUUCCCUUUUGGGAUACAUCAUCAGCCCUUCCUUCUUCCUUCCUUCCUUACAUAAAGAUGGGAUGUCUGAACUUGGAAAAGGGCUCAUAUUCAGUCUAUUUCUCUUGGAAAUUAUCAGUAAUCUCAUGAGGUGAGGCCUAUACCACCUUUUAAUAAUUUUACUAAUAAAGAGAGAUUUUUAAAAGAAAUUAUAUGGGCAUUUUUAAUCUUCUAGGCAUUAAGAAUUGAGUUCAAUUCAAUUUAUAUUCGUUAAGCACCUAAGUAAGACUUUAUGUUAAGAACUGUGGAUACAAGGACAGACUAAUCUCUGCCCUCAAAGAACUUUGAUUCUAUUGAGUUUAUCCUAUAAAAGUUAAGGGGUUCACAGGUUCUUCCCAUACCACCCCCCCAAAAGAUGAAUAAUAAGGCUUCAUUAUUCUUAUGAACUGUAUCAUUUAUGGACUCACUUGCUUUUGGCAAGACUCUUAGAGCUAGUUCUGUGACAGUUGGUGCAGCUGUUGUCCCCAUUCGAGGCACCCAGAAUACCUGGACAUUCUCCACAAACCCCUCGUGCCUAUGCAUGCCUUUCCUAGUGAAGCCAGGUGUGCUCGAGAUGGGCAGACAAGGUGAGAGAAUUUUGUCUUUGGGGAAUUUCUGACAUCGAGGGGAUAAAGAUGAAGAUCUCAGGGGCCACCAGGAAGAGCUGACAACAAAUUUGCCUUUAGUAUUGCUGUGAUCCUUUGCCUCUUAACCUGUCCCAGGUCCAUACAAAAUCAAAUGACAGCUUUCCCACUGACUAGAAUGGGUUAGGGCUUGCAGGAAGUGAGAAGACUUCCUCUUUGGCAGUAGAGCGACAUACUCUAAAGCACUUGGAUUGAUUCUGCUUUAGUAAAGGUGACAUGCCAUAUGGUUCACCCCAACAUGGUUCAAGUGCACACAGACCUUUCAAAUGUGCUUGGAAACAACAGCCAGAAACUUUUCACCCUGUAAGACGAGUAAUACUGGAUCUUGGGGGGAUGGAAUUGAGCCAGUGGCUGUACUCAGUACAUUGUGAAGAUUCAUAUAUUUUAAAAGAUUUUUAAAGACGAGAAAGGGCAGGCAUUUCUAUUUGAAGGCCAUAUUUUAUGGCUCUGAAAUGGAAAGAAAAUAUUGCUCUUUAACGUUAAGACAUUUUUUUCUGAUCGCUUCAACCAGAGACAAAUGUUAAAUCUCUUAUCCAAGUGGGUGUGUGAUUGAGUUAGAGAGGAAAAGGUCCUCUCUUUUUUAAUGCUUCUCUAUUUAUUGCAUUCUCUGUGGGAAUGCAGAACACUGGUGAUAACUGUAUUGAAGAAGAAAUGGCAAAAGAUACCCAUUUCAGCAUAGUCCUUUUUGGUGUAUUAUUUUAGUCAUCCAUUAUUAAGCCCAGUAUUUUACGUAACACCUUUCUAUAAAGAUGACUGCUGAUCAUGUCCACCUCACAAGUUCUAGCUAAUGGUUCACUCUGGAAAGGAAGAGAUAGGAAGGACCCUUGGAACCCGCAGCAAGUGCAGUGAUCCAAACCGUGAAGCCUCCCUUAUUUUAAGAGCAGAUUCUAACCAGUAUGAAAUUGUCUGCCAUUUUUCCUGCUCCAGUUGAUAACUGAUUACCCAUGUGUCACCCCAGGCAAGUUUUAAAACCCAUUAAACACCCUAAAGAGUUCCUUUAUUUCCUUUCUGCCAUCCCUAGGGAUUCUUGGUCAGCAAAAGUAGUAAUAAAUGAAAAGAUGCUUCUCCUCUCAUUGUAUUCAAGAAUCUGAGUGUUGAAAGAGCCCAAUCUGUCCCUGACCAAGAAUACCUCUGUAAUAGCUUCAAAAAAAUGGAUUGUCCAAUCUCUGCCUGAAAGCCUUCAAUGAGGGGAACCUGCUAUCUCUGCUCCCUACCCAGGCUGGGUGACUUGAGCCAAUGGUGAACAACCAAAUGUUUGUCUGACCCUUCAAACAAUCAAUAUUUAGUAAGCACCAACUACAUACCAGGUAAUGUGUAAAUGCUAGAGAUAUGAAAAGAAACAAAAGACAGUCUCUGCCUUCAAGAAGCUUAUAAUCUCAUGGGUCUCUACUCCCUGCUAAUCAUUUUUAUUCCAACCUCCCCAGUCCUUCUUAUAAGAUGAAGCAAAAGACAAGAAAUUGAAUGAUUUUAUUUUCUCACUGUCACCUUUUGGGAGUCUCUUGGUGUCCUUUCUUCCUCCUCUUGCUCUUUUUUUUUUAAUUAAUCUCAUUUUCCAUCUUUGAACCAAUACUAGGUAUUGGUUGCAAAGCAGAAGAGUGAUAAAAGCUAGGCAGUGGUGGUUAAGUUAGUGGCUGAGGCCAGAUUUGAAGCCAGGACUUCCCAUCUCUAGCCCUGGUUCUCCAUCCACUCUUACUCCUCAUGAAGCUUUUAUUGUUAUUUUCCUUAGUAUUUAUUGUCAGCAUUAGUUCAUUCUGGGUCUUAGAAUUCCUGUCAAUUCUUAGAGUUGUCUUUUUUCAUGGUCGUGUUACUCCUUCAUCUUCAUACUCAAUUAAUUACUCUUUCUUCCAUCUUACAUACUUUUAAAAAUCUUAACUAGUCAAUGAGCUCUUGCUGUACCUGGGUCACUUUCUUUAAGUAGCUCCUUGUUUUCUUUCUCAUCAGAACCAAAUCUGCCUGAAUCUUCAGAAUUUCAUCCUCUUGUUUUCCUCUCUCUUGAGUCAACUCCCCCAGCAAAAUGUCCUGCCAUUGGACCCAAGUUGAAUACUUCCAAAUGCAUUUAGGUGUUGAUCACAUAGCUGGAGUCUUCUCUCUCCCCCACCACUGCCCCACACUAUCUCACAAACAGAACCUUUAGUAGCCGCUUUCCUCCAAGUUUACAUUCCUUCUCCUUCAUCAACUAGAAUGGUCUAGGAAGACAGCUCCCUCUUGUUGUUCCUUCCACCCUUUGAAAGAAAAGAUUAUUGUUAAGACAAGCCACAACUUUUAUCAGUUGUCUUCUGUUAGCAGAUUGGGUGCCAGCAUGAGUCUGGAUUGCUAAAGACAUCUUCAUCUAAUUCAUCUUUCUAUUCCAAAACAGUACUUCUUCUGUUUCUGUCUCUAUUGGUUGUUACCCAGAUGCUUCCUGCAAUUCCCUCUCCCUCCAUUUGACAUUCCUGGAUUUUCCACACAAAUAGAACUUCUUAAUAUGAAAUGCUGUUCCAUUUUCCCCAAGAUCUCUUCUGCCCCUUUUGAAUAAGAUCAGCCCUACGAGAACCAAGAUCCAGGUAUGAAUCCCUUCCCACUCAGUCCCAGUGGGACUAGGAGGUAAAGUUGGCCGCCUUGUCUUAGUAAUAGGAACUCCAACUUUUUCCCUGCACUUUUAUAAACGGCCCGUUUCCUUAACAUCUCCAUUUCCUCUGCACCACUGGAAACCAGAUAACUACUUUGCUCGGUAUUAUCUUGUUCAAUAAAUCACAGACAGUUUACCACCUUUCCACCAGCCUGAAGCAGGGACAUCUUGGCAGAGAUGUUGAACUGAAUGCAGGUAUGGCAGCAUCUUGAAAGUGAACUCAACCCUUUAGCCUCCUUGCUGAUUUCCCAGCUAUUAAAAAGAGUCCUUAGGGGAAAACCAUGAGGAGAAGAAAAUAAAUGGUAUCAGUGAUCACCAUCAUUUAGUGCAAGGAUUCCUAGACUUCUUUGUGUCAUUGAUGUUUAUGGGACCCCUUCUCAGAAUGACUAUUUUUCAAUGCAAAAAAUAAAAUAUAUAGAAUUACAAAGGCAACCAAUCCUAUUAAAUACAAAAACAACAGCAAUCCAAAAAAAAUCUAUUUAAAAUGUAGUCAGGACCCUCUUAAUCACUGUCUUCUACAAUGGCAACCAGUUCAGUCAAGAGUAUAACUUUAAAAUUCAAGUAAAAAUGUUAAAGGCUGAAACAGGAUUUCCAUUUCCCACUACCCAGAAUCAAAAACUCAGAUUAUUUAAGAAAUAUUGACUGCCUGUUGCAGAUGGGGAGACAGGCAUUGAGAAGUUAAAAAUAUGGAGACAGCAAGUCUAAGACAGAACUAGAUUAGGAACUUACGACACAAUAAACUUCACUGAUAUUGGCUACACUCCAUUUAAUCCAUCCCCUCAAAGGAAAACGAAGAAAAAGAUUAGAAAAUACUAAAAACAUACAAACAGAUAGAUAGUAUUUCUUAUUUGGUGCAGUCAGGUGCAUUUAAUCUACUAAUUUUCUGAACGAGGAUCUGGAGGGAAGGGGGUAAUGUCUAAUCCAGGGCUAGACAUAAAGUCAUCCUCUGCCUAGUUGAAAUGUAUAGAGGCCGCCGAGUAGGAUGUUCUCAGUCACGUUUGCAUCAACACUAAUUGACUACCAACUCUCUUCUCACAUGCCCAGUGAAUAUUCUAAAAGGUUUUUCUUUGAGACGACAACCACCUGCAAAUCCAGAAUGAAUCUAGACUUUGUUUUCCCUAUUUUUUGUUUGGUUUUUUUGUUUGUUUUUGUUUUUGUUUUUGUUUUUUUAGUUUCUAAUCUGUUGUUUAUGAGGUGUGGGGUUUAUAAGGGACUGAAUCAAAUGAAUGUAACCAAAUACAAAAAAAAAAUGCCUAUUCUCAGGGCCAGUGAGUUGCAAAUAAUUUUUAAAGAAAAGCCUAUAAUUACAUCAUCUCAAUAAAUUGUUUUUAUAUAAAA